AUGAACGAAUACGAUGCGGUAGAUAGACACACUUUCAAAGUGUUUAAUCAGGACUUCACAGUGGAUAAACGGUUCCAGUUGAUUAAAGAAAUAGGUCAUGGUUCGUACGGGAUUGUUUGCUCUGCCCGGUUCACUGAAGCUGCAGAUGAAACCACGGUGGCUAUUAAGAAAGUUACCAACGUUUUCUCAAAGACUCUGCUCUGCAAAAGAUCUCUAAGGGAACUGAAACUUCUAAGACAUUUUAGAGGUCAUAAAAAUAUCACUUGUCUAUACGAUAUGGAUAUUGUGUUCCAGCCGGACGGUAUGUUCAAUGGUCUUUAUUUGUACGAGGAAUUAAUGGAAUGUGAUAUGCAUCAAAUUGUAAAAUCGGGUCAGCCCUUAACAGAUGCCCAUUACCAAUCGUUCAUCUACCAGAUUCUUUGUGGGUUAAAAUAUAUUCAUUCAGCAGACGUGCUCCAUCGUGAUUUGAAGCCAGGGAAUCUUUUGGUUAACGCUGAUUGUCAGUUGAAGAUUUGUGAUUUCGGAUUGGCCAGAGGGUACAGCGAGAAUCCAGUAGAAAAUAACCAAUUUUUGACCGAAUACGUGGCAACGAGAUGGUACAGAGCACCGGAAAUUAUGUUGAGCUAUCAAGGUUAUACAAAGGCUAUUGACGUAUGGUCUUGUGGUUGUAUCUUGGCGGAAUUGCUAGGUGGGAAACCUAUCUUUAAGGGUAAAGAUUACGUCGACCAAUUGAAUAGGAUCUUACAAGUCUUGGGGACUCCUCCAGAGGAAACUUUGAAAAGAAUCGGAUCGAAAAACGUCCAAGACUAUAUCCACCAGCUAGGAUAUAUUCCAAAGAUACCAUUCAGCACUUUAUACCCAAAUGCCAACCCGGAUGCAUUGAACCUUCUUGAGGGAAUGUUAAGCUUUGAUCCUCAACUUAGAAUAACAGUCGAUGAUGCUCUACAACAUCCGUAUUUGUCCAUCUGGCAUGAUCCUGCAGAUGAACCGAUAUGUACAGAAAAGUUCGAUUUUUCUUUUGAAAGUGUCAAUGAGAUUGAACAACUUAAACAAAUGGUAAUUGACGAAGUGACCGAUUUCAGGCAAUAUGUGAGAUUACCCCUCUUACACGAGCAACAGCAACAACAGGGGAAGACAGACGGUGGUUUUGAUGAUCAAAUACGAGAAGAUCAACGCACAUUUCAAGCGCAGCUAGAAGAACAAGUGAACAAUGGUAGAACUGCAUCUAACGUUCCAUCGUUCGAUGAGCCGUUUUCUAGUCAAAUGAUGGGUUCCGCGUCACAACAAGAUCCUCUUGUUGGUAUUCAUUCGGAUAAUUUACCAAGCCAUGAACUUGACUUCCCUCCUAGGCCUAGUGAGAAUGUGCUAGAUUCGCCAAUGGGUCUAAGUCAUCAGCAAACGCAUAACGGCUCUCCUGAGUGCCAAGAUAUAAAUGACCUUUUAGGAUUAGAAAGAGAACUAGAAUUUGGAUUAGAUAGACAGUUUUAA